AGUCUUCUCCGAGUAGCGUUCGCGACAGGUUCGAUCGUUGUGUCUUCUUUCUUAUAUUGGUACAAAUUUUACUUUAUUUUAGUUUAUAUUCCGCAUUAAUCGGACAGAUAAAACGCGACAAAAGUGUUUAAAAAUCAAUUAAAAAGUGGCAUACGACACCAGUGAAGUGCUAUGAAUGAAAAUGUUGAUUUUAUAGUGUAAACGAAAGGCCGAAUUUUUGAUGAUCGGCGCCACAAAAACAAUAAUAAAGAUGGGUCGCCUGAAGCUGUGCCCGUCUACCACUGUGGUUGCUAAUAAUAAAUGUUCGAUAUUAUCGAGCAAACAUCAGUGUUUCAAUUUUAAUAAAUAUUUGUGUUUCGUAAUGAUUGUGACGUGCGUGUUUCCUUUAGCUGAGACACGAAAAGUUAUGCUAGGAAAACUGAUGCAAAAUACGGAAACGACAGAAACAACAACAUCCAUUAGUAGUAAAGAGCAAUAUAUUACCUGUUCUCCCAACCAAUUUCGGUGUAACAAUGGCCAAUGCAUACCAAACAAUUGGAAAUGUGAUACAAAAAUAGACUGUGAUGAUCGAUCUGACGAACCAGACGAAUGUAUGAAAUUGAAAUCGUGCAAUGAGGGCCAAUUUCAGUGCAAAGUGACGCAGAAAUGCAUACCAAAUGACUGGGUGUGCGACGGUGAAUUGGAUUGCGGUGGAAGGGACAGGUCGGAUGAAAAUAGUUGCCAUCCAGCCGAACCAUGUCUGCCAAACCAAAGCGAAUGUGAACGGUCCUUGUGCAUCGAUACGGAGAAAUUUUGUGACAAGAAAAUCGAUUGCGUCAAUGAUGAACUGCAUCACAUUUGUAACGAUCCAAAAGCUGGUGCUAUAUGUGCCGAAUUGAAAUGUUCCUAUAAUUGUAAGGUGACGCCGGGCGGCCCAAAAUGUUACUGUCCCGCUGGACAAGAACCGGUCAACGGAACUCAAUGUCAAGAUUUCAACGAAUGCCAAUUUGAGUCAACCUGUGAUCAAAUAUGCAAAAAUACGCCGAAUUCGUACGAAUGUUCGUGUGUUACUGGGUACACGAAAAGCAACAACAGGUGUUUUGGAAUUAACGUGCCGAAAGAGGAGCCGCUAUCACUGGUCUUUUUAACCCAAUCUGGUGUACAACGAACAUUGACUACGGAUUCGUUGAAUUUAACGUCAGCUUACGUAAACAAUCCGAUUACGCUGGAAAUGUGGCAUAGAAAUCGCACGGCAUGUGUGAUAAAUGGCAGCAGUGCGGUGGAAACUGUUGAUUUCAGAUGCCACAAUGUUGACGAUUUAUCAAUAUCAUGGAAAAUGCCUCAACCGGAGAUAUUCUCAGCAUUAACAUCCGUCGAUGAAAUGCGACUCGAUUGGAUAUCAACGAAUUGGUACUUCCUAAACACCGACUUUGGUCUCAUAUUUGUUUGCAAUAAGGCCAUGCAACACUGCAUCAUUAUCAUCGAGAACUUUGUCCACAAGCCCAAGUCAAUGGUACUCGAUCCGACAAAAGGUUUCGUCUUUUUCACGAAAUGGGAACAGGCUAGCCUGGAGCGAACGCACAUGGACGGAACGAAUCGAACCACACUGGUGACGAAGAAAAUCGUUUACCCGCUUGGAUUAACAUUGGACUUGGCGAAUGAACACAUUUACUGGGUGGACAUUUACAUGGAUUUUGUGGAACGAGUGGAUUACAAUGGUCAGAAUCGUUGGUCGAUGGCCAAACGGCUGGAAAACUAUGUGCAUUUGAGGUCGUUGUACUCGAUUGCCUACUUCGAAAAUACCGUCUUUGUUUCGUCGAACAGUAACGCACCACGGGCCAAUGCCAUAUUUAAGUUUGAUAAAUUCAAUCUGAUAGCAAACACUACCGUACCACAUGUAAGUCGUCCGAGAAAUCUGUUGGUUUUUCAUCGUCAACGGCAGCCGGAGACUGCACAUCCGUGCCGCACAAACAACGGUGGCUGUGAUCAUUUGUGCAUUCCGAGUUGGAAAAAUAAUAUCGCAACAGCGUUGUGUAUGUGCUCUGGCGGGUACCGGUUGCAAGCAAAGACUCGUUGCGUAUUGAUCAAUCAUUCGUCGUUUCUAAUUUACGCUAAGCAAAAACCAGCUAUGAUCAAAGGCAUUGCAAUGACCACGAAAUCACAACCAGGCGGUGGCAAUCAAGAGGCAAUCGUUCCGAUUUUGAAUGUUAGGUGGCCAUUGCACUUAGAUUAUAAUGUGAAAGAUCAGUUGAUCUACUUCGGUCACAACAAUGCGAAGACAAAAGAGUUUGUGGUCGAAAGUCAACGAAUCGACGGAACGGAUAGGAAAAUCGUUGCCAGAAGUACGGAUGAGUGUCAAGGAAUUGCCUACGACUGGAUGGGUCACAACUUGUUUUGGGCUUCGGCCAGCAUGAUCAAAGCCAUGAGCCUGACAAAUUCGAGCAUUCAAAAGACCCUGCUACACUCUAAAAACACUGGUUCGAUCGUUUUGGAUGCCAAAUCUGGACUGAUGUAUUGGUCUAUGUGGUCAACACCGACUGAACAUGGUUCAAUUAUGUACGCUUGGAUGGAUGGAACGCACAGAGGUACGUUAGUUGACGGCAGCAAAGAUGGUAUGAUGCAAUGGCCAUCAAGUUUAACAAUCGACUACAUGGAGAAGAAGUUGUACUGGUGUGAUCCACGUUCGUCAUUGAUCGAACGAAUCGGUUUGGACGGCACAUACAGAGAAGUACUUCUAAUGAAUGGAGCUGGAACGGAAUUCUUCCCAUAUUCCAUUGCCUACUACAACGAAUACAUUUUUUGGACGGACGACAUGGUGGCGAACAUCUCUAGAAUUCACAUCAAUUCAACGGGAGACCAAGUUGAUCCCAAGCUUGUUGAGACAUUGGGCUUUGAGAAGGACACCGUGACCGACAUCAAAGUGUUCGAUAACUUGAAGCAAACGGGAACGAAUGACUGUCACAAUAAGACCUGUCCUGGACUACUGCUAAUAACACCAGAAGGAUGCGUUUGUGCGUGUGGCAACGGAAUGAUUUUGAACGCAAGCGGAACAAUGUGUAUGUCUAAGAUAAAUGCUACACAAUCCAACUGUCCUCCCGACAAUCCGCAAUGUAAAGCAACCGAAAAUGCCUGCGAUGGUUUCCUGUGUGACUACGAUCGUUGCAUCAGUAAAACGGAAGUUUGUGAUGACAUCGCCAACUGUAUCGAUGGUACAGACGAACAUCCCGAGCAAUGUAAAUCGGUCGGAUCGGUUGUGUGUGCGCCGAAUCAAUUCCAAUGCAGGGAAACCAAGCAGUGCAUACCGAAGACUUGGGUGUGUGAUAACCAUUACGACUGUGCAGAUAAAUCAGACGAAUUGGAAAAUUGCGACGAUUGCGCUGAAUUCCUAUGUGAUAACAAGGUGUGCGUACUACAUUCGCAAUUGUGUGAUGGUCAGGAUAAUUGCGGAGACAAUUCCGACGAGGAAAACUGCAGCCAUCAGUGCCGACCGGAUGAAACAUUCUGCCAUCCAAAGGGUUGCAUCAACAUCAACGAUCACUUUUGUGACGGAAUCGCUGAUUGUUUCGAUGCACACGAUGAAGAGGAUUGCGCUGCAGUGAACAAUCAGACCGACAACCAUAAAGUCAACAUCGGCGUUGAGUGCUAUGCCAGCGAAUUUAAGUGUCACAACGAAAUCGAAUGCGUCUCGAUAAAACUGCUAUGCGAUGGAGUCGACGACUGUUUCGACAAAUCAGAUGAACACAAUUGUACCACGAUAACCCAACGAUCCCAGUCUAAUGAAACUGAUGAGUGUGUGCAUCCGGAUCGGUUGUGUCGACCGACUGGACACUGUAUUCGGGUGGAACAGUUGUGUGACGGUACGAGUGACUGUCCUGACGGUACAGACGAAGGACAUCGAUGCAGUGAAAAGAUUUGUGACCACAAUUCCGAAUGUUCACACUUUUGCCACAAUUCGCCGGAAGGUUUCGUUUGUUCGUGUCCGCUGCAUUUGUUUUUGAAACCGGACGAAUUGCAAUGUAGUUCAGAACAUGCAUGCAGCACUUGGGGUACAUGUUCCCAGGAAUGUGAUCAGAUUGGCAAAAGAUACAGAUGCAGGUGUCACGACGACUUCACUCUCCAGUUAGAUCAGUUUUCGUGUAAAAGUGACUUCGGCGAUUCGCCGUACGUCAUCUUCAGUAACCGACAAGAGAUCAAGGGACUGGACUUGAAAACGUUGGCGGUGAAAAAUUUCUUUGCCGCUCUAAGAAACACCAUCGCCCUGGACUUCCUCUACACCAACGAUUCAGUGACGAUUUUCUGGACGGAUGUGAUUGAUGAUAAAAUAUAUCGUGGUUCUCUGAUCGGCGAUGCUAUCCGUAACGUUGAGGCUGUGGUACAGUCGGGACUGUCUACCGCUGAAGGCUUAGCAGUGGAUUGGAUCGCAUUGAACAUCUACUGGGUGGACAGCAAUCUGGAUCAGAUUGAAGUAGCGCGAAUCAACGGCAGUUUCCGCAGAACACUAAUCGCUGGUGAAAUGUCAAGUCCAAGGGCCAUAUCCCUGGAUCCAUUGGAAGGUCUUCUGUUUUGGACGGACUGGGAUUUGAAUGAGCCACGAAUAGAACGAUGCUCAAUGGCUGGUGAGUACAGGAAAACGAUUAUUCAAGUCGAUCGCGUUCAAGGCGCCUGGCCCAACGGGAUAACUCUGGACUACACCAUGAAGAGAGUCUACUGGAUCGACGCACGUUCCGAUUCCAUUCACACAACCAAUUACGAUGGCGGUGACCAUCAUUUGGUCAUACGGGAUCAAGAAACGCUGUCGCAUCCAUUUAGUAUAUCGGUGUUCGAGAAUCACGUUUACUGGACCGAUUGGCGUACGAAUUCAGUGAUACGAGCGAACAAAUGGAACGGCACCGACAUUUCCAUUCUACAAAAAACGUUGACGCAACCGUUUGGCAUACAAAUUUUGCACUCGAGUCGUCAACCACGCAAUGGACUGAACCCUUGCAACACGAACAAUGGCGGUUGUUCGCACCUAUGUCUACUAAGCGUCAACCAAACGUACAAAUGUGAAUGUCCUCAUGUUAUGCGACUGGAUGUGGACAAUAAGACUUGUGUGCCGAACGAACAAGUGCUGCUGUUCAUCAUGGGUACGGAAAUACGAGGUGUAGACAUUUUACAACCGAAUCAUCACGCCAUUCCGACCAUAACCCAUGCGAACGCAAUGGGACCGAAUGUGAUUGAUUUCGUUAUCGACGAGGGACGGCUCUAUUGGUCGGAUGUAACGUUGAGCGAAAUUCGAACGGCUGGAUUAUCGAAUGGAUUGAUUAGCACAAUCUUGGACACGGAUUUGGAAAAUGUGUCCGGCUUUGCAGUCGAUUGGAUCAGUUUGAAUAUGUACGUUUCAACGGAAAGCAAUGCCAAUUCCAUCAUUCUGGCGUGCAACCUGAAAGGUGAAUUUGUCACGGAAAUUCAUAAGGAUCUGCUGGUUGUGCUCAGUAUCGUUCUCGAUCCCGUCCAAGGAAAAAUGUAUUGGUCGCACAAGAAAGACCUCACCAAGACGUAUCUGAUUGAACGGUCUGCGUUAGACGGAUCCAAUCGUGAGAUUCUAAUCAAUUGUACAAAUCCGGCCGAAAGUCUGACCAUGGACUAUUCCAUUAAUCGAUUGUACUUUGUGUACGGACACAUUGGCUCGAUCAUGUACGUCGAUUUGACCACAACCACUGUUCAUGAAUUGCUGGCUGAUUCGGUGUACGUUAUAACCAGUCUAACGCUGUACAAGGAAAGUGUCUACUUCGCCGAAUCGAAUUUGAACACAAUUCGUAAGUGCGACAAAUUCGAGUGCAAAGAAAGUACGGUGCUUCGGAACACUACGGCUGCCGUCAAAGACCUUAAAAUGUACCAUCCAAAAGCUCAGACCGGCACGAAUGCCUGCGGUGGAAGCAAAAACAAUUGUGAACAUUUGUGUUUUGCUACGUCGAUGUCGUCGUUCGUUUGCCGGUGUGCCAUCGGAUACAUUGCCGACCCGAUGAACCUCAACAAUUGUAUCGGCGAAAAGGAACUGCUGCUGUACUCGCUCGGCCACGAAUUGAAAGGAUUACGGCUAAACGAAACACUGCAACUGUCCGGACAAGUGCUCGGUCCAAUUCCACGCAUAUCACUAGCUUCAUGGAUUGACUACCACUUCGAGAAAGAUUUGAUAUUUUGGGCGGAUAACGACAAAGGCACCGUGUCCAGCAUUAAACGUGAUGGAACGAAUCGCAAAAUUUUGCUGAGUCAGUUUGAGCAGCAAGAAUCUGGAUCAUCCGAUUGGUCGGGUGGUAUUGCUGUCGACUGGGCUGCAGACAACAUCUACAUUGCCGACGAGAAACGGAAUAUCAUCGAGGUAGCUCGACUGAACGGAUCGUCAAAAUAUGUGGUGGUAUCGAACAUUGAAAAGCCUACAUUGGUUGCCGUUGAUCCAUUGAAUGGAUUAUUGUUUUACGCUGGAGCCAAGCGUAUCGGACGAACAUCGUUGGACGGUAGUCAACUAUUUAUAUUGGCCAAUCAAACUGCUCACAUCACCAGCCUUGUGUUGGAUAUCAACAACCAGGCCGUUUACUGGUGCGAAGCAACAACGGCUACCAUCAUGAAAGUCGACUAUGAUGGUAACAGUAAAAUGGUCAUGUUAAAUCACAGUCUGAACAAUCCGGUCGGCAUUGCUGUCAUAAACAAAACGAUUUAUUGGGCAGACAACACGCAUCUGAUGGGUAGCAUAAAAGUGGCGCCGACAAGUAAUCUCUCGGACUUCACAGUGCUGACAAAGAAUGAGGGUCCGUCGCUCAAAGAUUUAAAGAUUUUCUCGCAGAAGAUUCAAAAUGGUUCAAACGUUUGUGCAACGAACAACGGUGGAUGUCAAGAGCUCUGCUUAUUCAAUGGAACCCAUCCCGUGUGUGCCUGCUCUCAUGGCCAGAUAGCGAAGGAUGGUAAAACGUGCGACCCAUACGAUAUGUUCCUGAUAUACUCCCGAAUCACGUCCAUCGACAGCAUCCAUUUGACCGAUCACACGAAUUUGAAUGGACCGAUAGCACGGAUCCAGAAUCAAACUUUGCUCAAAUAUACGAUCGGUUUGAGCUACGACUAUGCACGUCGGAGGAUAUUUUAUUCGGACGUUCAUUCGAGCACCAUCAACAUGGUGUUUUUCAACGGCACAGAUCACAAAACAAUUGUGAGCCAGCAACUGUCCGUCGAGGGAUUGGCAUACGAGGCUCUAACCGAACAGCUGUUCUGGACGACAAACAGUGAUUCAUCGAUUCGGGCAAUUGAUUUCAAAUUGAUUGGAACUGAUCUGGGCAACAAUACGAAACUGGUCAGACAGGUCAUCAAACUGAGUCGUCAGGAUAAGCCACGCGGCAUCGCAGUGGAACCUUGUUUGUCGAUGGUUUAUUGGACGAACUGGAAUUCGAAUGCGGCGUCGAUCCAGCGAGCGUAUAUAUCGGGAUACGGAAUGGAAAGCAUCAUCAAAACGGAAAUUCGUAUGCCGAAUGCGUUGACCAUUGACUACGACAACCACAAAAUAUAUUGGGCUGAUGCUCGAUUGGACAAAAUCGAAAGAGCUGACUACGACGGCCGCAAUCGAGUCGUUUUAACACAUUCGAUGCCGGUACAUCCGUUCGCAAUGGCAGUUUACGGCGAUAUGCUCUAUUGGACCGAUUGGGCUCUAAGUGCCGUGCUACGUGCCAAUAAAUAUUCGGGUGCCGAUGUUGUCUGGCUGAGAAAAGACAUUGGCCGACCGAUGGGAAUUACCGCAGUACAGAAUACCACAAAAGACUGUUCGGCGAGUCAGUGUGCUUUGAAUGGUGGCUGUGAGGACGUUUGUAACAUCGUCAAUGGUAAGGUGAAAUGCGAAUGCACACAGGGAAAGUUAGCGUCCGAUGGCAGAACCUGUAUACAAGCGGGUGACUGUAGUCCGGAUCAAUUUUUGUGCAAAUCACAUGAAUGCAUACCAUUCCAAAUGACAUGCGAUGGGAUCAAGCAUUGUAUGGAUGGAUCGGAUGAAAACAUUGCCUAUUGUAAUGUUAGAGUAUGUCCAGCAAAUUUCAUCGAGUGCAACAACCGACGCUGUAUUCCAGCUAAUCAAACUUGCAUGGAUGGCUCCGAUGAUACGUCUAUGAAAUGUGGUGACGAUCAUUUUAUGUGUUCAAGCGGACAGUGCGUCGAGCUUAAACAUCGAUGCGACAGAGACCCAGACUGCCCGGAUGCCAGUGAUGAAGUGAAUUGCACCGGAAUGGAAAACGUCUGUAAUGAUACGAGUCCGAAGUUAUUGAAAUGUGAGCAUACGACCGCAUGCUACCAUCCAAAUUGGCUGUGUGAUGGCGAGAAUGACUGUUGGGACAACUGGGACGAAACGAAUUGUGGCAACACAACAUGUUCGGCAGAUCAAUUCGCUUGCGCCAAUGGACAAUGCUUCAGUUUGCUCUGGCUAUGUGACCACGAUCGGGACUGUGAGGGCGGUGAAGACGAAUUGAAUUGUUCGUACAACGAAACAACGGCAGCGUGUCAAUCGCAUCAGUUCGCGUGUCUCGACGGAUCGACCUGCAUUCCGGACAUAUUCCAGUGCGACAAUACCAAAGAUUGUGCGGAUGGAUCCGACGAAGGUGAACAAUGCGGUAACACAGAAUGUGGCGUCGAUAAAUUCCGAUGUUCGGUAACUGGGCGCUGCAUUUCCUUAAAAUUCGUUUGUGAUGGAGAAAACGAGUGCAGCGAUGGUGAAGACGAAAGGAAUUGUACGACGUCGACGAGCAUCUGUCGCGAUGAUCAGUUUGCCUGUUUGAAUCGUGAAUGCAUUGACAUUCGAUUCUUCUGCGAUGGACGCGAAGAGUGUAGCGACGGUACGGAUGAGUACAAAGGAUGCAAUCCGUCCAUAAUGCAGAUGCCGAAAUGCGAAGAAUCGGAGUUUGAGUGCGACAAUGGAAGAUGCAUUCCAACGGACGAAAUGUGCAACCUGAGUGAUGAUUGUGGUGAUAACUCAGAUGAGGAUCCGGUUAGGUGCAUCAAUUCGACGUUGCUAUGUUCGCCACGAAAAUUCCAUCGUUGUACGAACGGUGUCUGUGUUCCUCUCACAAUCGUAUGCAAUGGCGAAAAUGACUGUGGUGACUUUAGCGACGAGAACAUGUGCAACAUCAAUGAGUGUAACCAGAAUAUCUGUGCACACAUUUGCACCGACAGACCCAUAGGCUACGAAUGCGCUUGCUAUAAAGGUUUCCGUGUCAGUCCCAGGGAUCCACACCUAUGUGAAGACAUAGAUGAAUGUCUCAACCGUCCGUGCAGUCAAACUUGCACGAACACUCGCGGAAACUAUCACUGUUCGUGUGUCGAAGGCUACGAACUGAAAGAUCGGCACACAUGCAAGUCAGUGUCGGAGGUGAAAGUAAAGUUCAUUUUCACCAAUCGCUACUACAUCAACGAGGUGGACGCAGACGGAAAGAACAGUCUUUUGGUUCACAAUUUAUCGAAUGCGGUCGCGUUGGACUAUGAUUAUGAAACGAAAUGCUAUUACUGGUCGGACGUGACAUCUUCCAUGAGUAAAAUUCAGAGAUUGUGUCCGCAACAAAAUGGUACCGUUGCCGAUCUGCACAAGACACGACUCAAAAAUCCCGAUGGUCUAUCCGUUGACUGGGUGGCUAAGAAUUUGUAUUGGUGCGAUAAGGGCCUGGACACGAUUGAGGUGUCUCAACUGGAUGGCAAGUACCGUCGAAUUUUGAUAAAAGAAAAUCUUCAAGAGCCCCGAGCCAUUGCAUUGGAUCCAUUCCAACGAUACAUCUACUGGACGGAUUGGGGUGUGCACCCACAUAUUGGGAAAGCUGGCAUGGAUGGAUCCGGUCAGACUAUAAUCGUUAGCGAGAAUCUCGGUUGGCCGAACGCGUUGACCAUCAGUUUCGAAACGAAAGAACUGUAUUGGGGCGAUGCCCAAACGGAUUCGAUCGAAGUCAGUGAUUUCAACGGAAAGAAUCGACAGACCCUUCUCCGGCAAGAGCAUGGUUUGAAUCACAUUUUCGCUAUUGCUGUGUGGGAAGAUCGUGUUUACUGGACCGAUUGGGAGACCAAACGGAUCGACACUUGUCAUUUGAAUCGAGGGGACAAUUGUACGUCGUUACAAACGAUCGUCCACAGGCCAAUGGACAUCAGGGUGUACCAUCCGUACCGGCAAAUUCAGCCGGAUAUUAAUCCUUGCAAGAAUUCCAAUUGCUCAACGUUAUGCUUACUGUCACCGAAUCCACCGUAUUACAAAUGCGCGUGUCCUGACCACUUUUAUCUGCACACCGACAACCGGUCGUGCAUUGCUAACUGUACAGCUGCUCAGUUUGUGUGCGAGACUACAUUCAAAUGCAUCCCAUUCUACUGGCGAUGUGAUGGUUCUGACGAUUGUGGCGAUGGAUCCGACGAGCCAAGCUCAUGCCGAACAUUUGUCUGUCAUCCGGGUCAAUACCAAUGCACUAACAGCAAAUGUAUUAGUCCCAAUUUGAUUUGUGACGGUAACGACAAUUGUGGCGAUCGCAGCGACGAAAUCGAUUGCGAGAAAUUCGUGUGCCUGGACUCACAGUUCAAAUGCAGUGCAUCGAGCAAUCAAAGUGCCCAUUGCAUUGAUGAUUGGAAACGCUGUAAUGGAAGAGCCGACUGUCCGAAUGGAGACGAUGAAAUGAACUGUGAACAGAGAACGUGUCCUCCACAAAAAUUCCGUUGCGGAAACGGAAAAUGUAUCACCAAAGUCUGGGUGUGUGAUGAGGACAGGGACUGCGAUGAUGGAAGCGACGAGAUGAAUUGCGAUAAGAGAAACUGUACAAAGAAGGAGUUCCAGUGCAAAUCGGGACGUUGUAUUCCGAUGUCAUGGGUUUGUGAUGGUGAAGACGAUUGCCCGGGUAAAGAGGAUGAAUCCGAUACGUGUCGUUCACUGGACGGUGACAAUAAGUGUCCGCCAUCGUACUUCAAAUGUGCCAGUGGACAGUGUAUACCGGGUCGAUGGGAAUGUGAUUACGAUCAUGAUUGUACGGAUAAAACGGAUGAGCAUGACAAGUGUAUCAUGCGGAAUUGUUCGAUGUCAGAGUUUCGGUGUGGAGAUGGUCGUUGCAUUCCAGGUGUGCAACAGUGUGAUGGAGAGUACAAUUGUCUCGAUAUGAGCGACGAAUUGCCGUGCACGGAAAAGAAUUGUUCGGCCAGUGAGUUUAAAUGUCCCAAUCACAACUUGUGCAUCAACCGGAAAUUUAUUUGCGACGGAGAUGACGACUGUGCAGAUGGUGCGGAUGAAAGGAAUUGUACUUGCGGCAGCGAUCAUUACCAAUGUGCAAAUGGUCGGUGCAUUUUGAAUCGAUGGCGAUGUGACGGAUGGAACGACUGCGUUGACUUUUCCGACGAAACUGUGGAACUCUGCUCCACUAUGUCGUGCGGCAUUCAUGCAUUCCGAUGCAAGAACAAACGCUGCGUACCAAAAUCGUCAAUUUGUAACGGUGUAAAUGAUUGCGGUGAUGGUAGUGACGAGGCAUCCUGUUCGAAAAAUGUCAACAAAUGCAAUCCAAAUUCGGAAUUCCAAUGUGAACGGGACAUGUUUUGCAUAUCGAAACAGUUCAGGUGUGACGGCGAACCGACCUGUUCGGAUGAUUCCGAUGAAAUAAAUUGUCCAGCGCCGUGCGGUUUCGGCACAUGCAGCCAGAUCUGCAUUGAGAAGAAAUCGAAACAUCACAAUUGCAUCUGCGCCAACGGAUUCGUGAAGUCCUCGUACAAAAACAAUAGUUGCGAGGCAACGGGUCGUGAGGUGGUGCUGCUAAUUUCGUCCGAAUCGGAAAUUCGUUUCAUGCUGCCGCAGAAGCAUCAUGGCUCCUUGAUCUAUGGCUUUGUGCCGAUAUCCAGUCUGAAAAUCGAUGUGUUCGACAUGUUCAUUGACAAGAAGAGCGUGGUCCUGUUUUGGAUCGACUCGCACAACCAUAACGUUCAGAAGCUGACCAUGAAAACGUUCAGUCUGAAGUCUAAGCGAACGCUUCGAACGACAGAACAUGAAUCCGAAGUCAUAAUCCGCCAUGUAUCCGAACCUCGUGGCCUGGCAGUAGAUUGGGUAACUCAACGACUGUAUCUUAUGAACGUUGGGGAAGGAACAAUCGUUUCCACCAAUUUCGACGGCAAGGAUGUUGUGACUAUCACAACAACGGGACAACGACCAUUGGAUGUUGUGGUUGAUCCCAGAUCGAAAGUGGUUAUAUGGUCGACGCUCGAAGAGGGAAUUUUAUCGGCUUCACUCGAUGGUUCCAACAAGCAAGCUUUGGUCCAGGGAGGUGUUGAGUGGCCAACUAGUUUGACAAUCGAUUAUCCCGCGCAAAGACUUUACUGGGUCGAUCAGCGUAAGUGGACGGUUGAAACCUGUCUGCUCAACGGAAAGGAUCGACACAUUAUCAAGAAGUUCAAGAAUGCCACUAUGAGUCCGCAUAACAUCGAUGUCUUCGAAGACUAUUUGUACAUCACGCUAUACAACCAGUCAAUCGUCAAAAUACACAAGUUCGGUAUUGAUGAUGGAACCAUCCUACUGGAAACCUUCCAUCGAUCGUCGGACAUCAUGAUCAUGCAUCCAUCGAAACAGGAUUCGAACAUUUCAAAUCCAUGCCAACUCAAUCCGUGUCACAUGGACAGCAUUUGCCUAUUGUCGUCGAGCGAUCCCAGCGGCAGAGUGUGUAAAUGUGCUGACGGUAUGGUUAUCGUACGCGACGACAAAUUGGGCAUCACAUGCAAAACGAAAUCCAACGUUCCAGACAUGUGCACACUGAAAUGUAACCGCGGCACAUGCAAAUUCGUCAACAACCGGCAGAAAUGUUUCUGUCCCAAAGACUACGAGGGAGACUAUUGCGAAAAGUAUCGUUGCUCGGGUUAUUGCCGGAAUAAGGGAGUCUGUUACGUGGACACAUUGAAAACGGUUGGUGAGGAUCAACUACCGCCGUUGAAAUGUCGUUGUCUUCCACAGUGGACGGGAGAUAAGUGCGAGAUUCAAGCGUCCAUUUGUAAAGAGCAUUGUCACAACGGAGCCACAUGCAAAGUGAAUUCGCACGGGGAUGAAAGUUGCAUCUGUUCGGCCGGCUUCAAGGGAAGAUAUUGUGAGAUGUGCGACGAUUUAGAGUGCAGUAACGGCGGAUUGUGCAAGAAAAAGUUCGGUGAAAGUCGCUGCGAUUGUCCGGACGCAUACACCGGUCGUCGAUGUGAGGACAGCAUAUGUGCCGGCUACUGCAAUGGAAACGGUAAUUGCACCAUACGUUUCGGCACACCGCAGUGCGAUUGUAUCAGCGGUUUUUGGGGCAACCAAUGCCAGUCUGAUUCGUGUACUGAAUUUUGCGAAAAUGGUGGAGUGUGUGUGACGGAAGGCGGCCGAAAGAAAUGUCAAUGCACGAACAACUACAUAGGUGACAGGUGCCAGCACUACAGAUGUACAGAAGAUGAAUGUGACAGACUGAAGUUACCGCAUCCAUGCGCCCCGAUUAAGUGUGAAAAUGGAGGCGAAUGUAAUGUGAUCAGCAACAAGUUUCACUGCAAUUGCACAUCCUCCUACACUGGAACAUAUUGUCAGGAUUACAUCCAGCCGAACAACCUGUGCGUCGAUUAUUGUAAAAACGAUGGAAUUUGUAGGAUGGACGACUCAUUUUCAUCGCCAACAUGUACAUGUGUAGGCGACUGGAUCGGGCCGACGUGCGAAAGUCCACCGGCCUGCAUCGACAGUUGUGGUGAAUGUCGUCGGGACAGUUCGUUAAACGAAUGCUUAUGUGAUAAUGGCAUGGUGAGUCCGUGCAAUCGCGAACCAUUGGAAAGUGUCGGUCCGUCGGAUAGUGGUACGAUUAACAUACUCCUUGUGAUAAUGAUGUUACUAGUGGCUUUAAUAGUGGUUUUCGGCGGAGCUAUUUACUAUUUAAGAAAACGUCGCAUUGGUCAACCCUUUUCGCACGCUCGACUAACCGACAACGUAGAAAUUACGAACCCUAUGUACCUUGGAGAAGCCGACGAAGCGCCUUCAUUUAUUCAGGAGGAAGACAAGAGUCACUUCGCCAAUCCUGUAUACGAGUCAAUGUAUGCUGGUUCAUCGGAACCGGUACUGGCAUGCGGUAGCAAUAGUGGAUGCAUCGGACCCGAUGAGAAAAAGGGUUUGCUGCAGCACAAUCAAGAUGAAUCGAACGUGCAAGAUCUGCUUUGAUUGCGACAGAAUUUGUGGUGAAGAAGGCAGCUGUUUGCAGGGUAAAUUUUUGUUUGAAUUUUUGUUUUGUUUAUUUUUUAGACAGUAAACGGAACAAAUGUGUGGGCAAUUCAGCUCUCUAUAGGGUUAUCUUAUUUUUAGUUGAAUUAACGGUGAUUUUUGUAUAGAAAAGCAAGGCAAACAAGUUCAAACCAAAUUUUUGUGUUAUUUAAUAGUUAAGCGGUAGGAGAUUGAUCAAAACUACUAGUAAAUAGUAAGCAUACGAUAGAGUUGUAAAUACUUUUGUUAGGUUGAUACAUUUUCCGUUUGGAUUUUUUUUCUUUUCUUUUAAACUUUGCUUUCAUGCAGCAAAAUGUAAACUUCCUAACGGUUAGUCAUUAGUUCGUUGUGUUAAUUUAGUGGUGUAUUAUAUUCCUUAUACGAUUGAUUAAGUCUACAAUGAGAUUAUUAUUCGUUUAGUCAUUUUACGUCACAGCGGGAAGGAAGUUUGUUUUUUGGCAUUAUGUUAGGUUCCUCGUUCGAGUCCAAGCAUAUUCAUCUCUCAAAAUUUGAGGAUUUUUUUUGUUUAGUUUUUAAUGUUCUUCGGCAUGUCAAGCGAUAUUUGAAUUUCUGUAAAACUUGGACAAGAGAUUCCGCUCGUUGACCAUUUUCCAAUGAUUUUUCCCCGUAGUGUGAACAGUCUUUCCGUAAUUUUGUAACAACGGUUAAGGACGUAUACGAUAUCUUCAUUUGCCCCAUAUCUCCUGGACUAUACCUGUCCAAUGAACCCACACAUGUGUGCUUAUUGUUUGUAGCGGCCGUAAAUGAUGGACAAAAAAUAUCCUUUUUUCGGCCUUCGAACCUUCACCACUGUCAAUGUAAAGCUUGCACAAAGUUUGUGUAAUUCUGAUAAGAGAAGGAUGAAAAAUUAUUGUCCACCGUCUCUAUCGGCUUGCUUGACAGCCUGUCACACAGUCUGAACGUCAGUUAAAGUCACAACUCGAAGCCUAUACGAAGGCCCUGACAGUAGAAGCCGUAUAGCGAGCUUUCAUUGUGCUACGAUGAUUGCAGAGAAAGCAAAAUAUCAAAAUAUUUCUGCUACAUGAGUAUGACGAAUACAGUUUUGAUUGAAAUUCCUGUCGGUACCUAACUACCUGACAAGUCAAAUUAUCUAGUUUUCAGCUUGUCUGGAAUUUAUGAUUAAUUUGUAAUGUCAUCGAGUCAUCGGUUCAUGUAGCCCGUCAUUUUGAUACCAAUUUGGUUUCAGAGUGAUAUCUUACCAAACGGAAGACUCGCUGCUUCUAGCGCUCAAAAACGAAAAAAUUGGAACAAACAUUGGUCCCAUUAGGUUCAGUAACAAUAUUUUCUCGAAAUCGUUGUUUUCAAAAUUUAUGAAUCGAAUCGGCACGUUUUUCUCGAUUCUGUUGCUAUUUUCAAAUUCUAAAGCGAAAUCGGUUGUCCGUUGCUUUCCUUUAACUGAGAACAUCUGAAGAUCGAUUUCGCAAAUUUUUUGGGGCAUGAAUAUGACUUACUUGUACAACAGCUGGAAUUACAUUUUAGUCACACAAAAAUAACUUCCUCCACGUUACGUUUUAACAAUUUACGUGCCAAGUGUAUUGGAAAGAAAAUUUAAUGAAGAGAAGAUCUAUGCAGCCAUCACCGAAUUAAACGUACAUACUCGAUACAAUGCAGCUUUUAACAUAAAACAUAGAAUAAUAGAGAAAGUGCUAUACGUCUCAGCAAAUGGCCAUAUUUUUAAUAAAACAAACGAACAAACAAGAGAAAAGUAAAGAAAAGCACAAAAUAUUACUCAACGAAUAAAUAAGUUGAAAGGUGGCGCCAUCCCAACGGACAG